AUGCACGGCCUCGCUCAUGUUUAUACUAGAGAAAAGCCAUACUCGUGUCGGUGCGGAGCAGCUUUUACACGGCGUGACCUGCUUACUAGGCAUUGGCGUAUCACCCAUCAUGCCGGCAACCCUGAUGCAGAGUCGACAACGUCGACUGAAACUGCCACGACGAUAGACGCAUCUAGCUUGAACGUGCCCGGCGCAGGGGCCGCCGAAGCGCAUCUCGUCCCACAGGCCCAUUCACAGCAACUCGAACUGCACACUCAUCCUCCUCCGGCUUUCCAAGAGCUCCAGCAGGCGCCACCAUAUCACGAUGAAGGAUUCGAGGACUUUCGUGACUUCGUAAACUUCAUCGACGGUGUUGGUCUAUCUGCCCAAUGGACGCCGGAGUACGACUUUGACUGGAUGCGACUGGGUGAGCACCAUCAAGAGUCCCGGCGCCAUUCCCGGGAGCCAGAGACCAGAUCCUCUCCUGGUCCUGAAGACAUUGGAACACCUUUCAGCACCUGGCUACCAUCAGCGCCAGCCGACGAUCAAGUCAAUUUGAGAUCAAACGGAGAAGAUGGUGAGAAGAGAACAAAGAGUGGAACAUACAACGUCACGGAUGAACAUCGCAACUUCUUGGUUUCGCUGCUUGAGAGCUUUCCUUCACCCAUCAGCGAUUUCCAGAUACCCUCCCGACAUACACUUACUAGGUAUAUCACCGCGUUCUUUGGCGGUUUCCACUCGCACUUCCCUUUUAUCCAUUCGCCAACAUACAAACCGUCAUGUUCGCCUUUGGAAUUGACCCUGGCUAUGUGUGCUGCUGGAGCACAAUACUGCUUCGAGCGACGAAGCUCAGAGCGUCUCUUUCGUGUAUCAAAAGCCAUCGUGUUUCAACGCCUUCGGCAGGAAGAGUCACACUUUGGUCCACAGACUCUUGCUUUUAUCGCUUCUACCAAUAUAGUUUCACCGGAAGCGCAUUUCACCACUAGACGUAUAGGACCAUGGUCGCCCCUGGAUCUGGCGAAGACCUUAUUGAUCCUGGUGGGAUUUGCGACGUGGGAAAGGAAAGACCUACUACAGCAAGCGUUCGCACUCAGAGGCCUUUUGGUUCAAACGCUUCGAGAUAUCGGCCUUAGAGAAGAGGAACCGAGCAGAAACGUUUCAACUUCCAGAGCAGCAAUGUGGGACCAAUGGGUACAGCACGAGUCGUCCAGACGUACCAAGCUCGUAGCAUUCUGUUAUAUCAAUGUGCAUAGCAUCGCAUACAACAUUCACCCCCUGCUCUGGAGCAGCGAACUUCAUCUGCGAUUGCCUUGCUGCACCCCUGUGUGGCAAGCCAGUAGCGCUGCACAGUGGUCCGCGCUACAGCGGGAUGGGAGAGAAGACCAUAUGCCCUUCCAACAAGCAUUGUCGAUACUUCUGCAAGGCACAGCAAACCAAGGUCAGCUACCCAAGCAAUAG